AUGUCGACCUACUCUUCCAACGACCUCCGCAGCGCAGCCAAACCUUUCCAACGAGAGAAGAACCACAAUAGCAAAUGGGCACGAGGGGCAAGAGAAGCUUAUCCCCAACACUGCCAUCAGCAUGAGUAUCCCGUCAGCGACUGCCACCAAUGCCUUGGCCGGCCUAACCGUCGAGACUCCGAUCGACGAGUUGGGCGGGGUGAAGCACGACACAAACACAGUACGCAGAACAAACUGAGCGGUCAAGCUGCGACUCUCGCCCGCAAGGCUUUCCGCAACGAAGUCGUGGAUGCAACCGACGGGCCUCUGGCCAACGUCUCGGACACUUCUGAGGAAGAAGACGUCCUUGACGCGUCUACUGCUCCUGUCCCCAGAGAUGCGGAUUUCAUGUACAGCUAUGACGCUCAAGCGGGCCCUCGUAAUGGCGUCGACAUCCUGAGCCAUGCAAUCAACCAAGCUGUGCGACGAUUCGAGAACAAAGAGACCGAGAAGCUUGUCAAUAACGAAUACGACGUCGUCGAUGGCAAGGAAACGGCCGAAUUCUCAACCGACGAGGACGAGCUCGAUUUUGAGAUGAUUGACCACUCUCAUUUGAACUGA